GACCAAAUCGAAAAACCCCAAAACUCCGGCUCCGGUCGGUCUCACGCCGAGGAGCGAGGGAGAAAUUCUCCCCCCAUCGAUCUCCCCCUCCGCCGCAUGGAUCCGUCCGCCGCCUCACCGGCGCCGGAGCCCGCCGCGGAGGAUCCGCAAAGCGCCUCCUCCGUGCUCGACAGCCUCGGCGCGGAGGUUCUGGCGGUCAUGUCCCCGGUCUCAAUCUGCAUGGCCCUCGUCGUGCUUCUCAUCUCCCUCCUCUCGCCGCCGUCCUCCGGGUCCGCGGGGGGCUCGCCUCCGCCAGUCACCGCGGCGACGCUCGUCUACCUCGAGUCCCCCAACGACACCCCGGGCCAGAAGCUCCUCGGCGCGCUUCUCGAUGCCGCGGUCUUCGUCGCCCUCGUCGCCGCCGUCACUUUCGUCCUCGUCGCGCUCUACUACUACCGCUGCACGGGCUUCCUCAAGAAUUACAUGCGCUUCUCCGCCUUCUUCGUCAUCUUCUCCAUGGGCGGCGCCAUCGCCGCCGCGGUGCUCCGCCGCCUCGCGGCCCCGCUCGACGCGCCCACCGCGUUCCUGCUCCUCUUCAACGGCGCCGCGGUCGGCGUCCUCUCUGUCUUCGCGUCCGCCGUCCCCAUCCUCGUCCGCCAGGGGUAUAUGGUCGCGCUCGCCGUCAUCGUCGCCGCCUGGCUCUCCAGGCUUCCCGAAUGGACCACAUGGAUCAUGCUCGUCGCCCUCGCCCUGUACGACCUCGUCGCCGUGCUCGCGCCGCGGGGACCACUCAGGAUGCUUGUGGAGCUGGCCUCCUCCAGGGAUGACGAGCUCCCAGCGCUCGUCUACGAGUCCCGGCCUACAGUCGGCCCGGCGACAAGCUCUUCCUCUUAUGCUUCAGCCAUGGGGUCGGUGGAGAUGCAAACCAUGACAGAUUCUGGUCGGGCUGGUGGCAGCCGGUAUGACCGGGUGGAGCAGGAUGAAUAUGCCAGCCAUGCUGUUGUGGAGAUGAGGGAUCUUGGAAGAGGCCGAUCAAGCAUUGGUGAGAUGAACAGAUCAAGAGGUUCUGUGCUUCAAAUGGAUAACCUUGAAAGGGAGGUUCCAGUGACUUCAGCAGAGCUGCCAUCAGAUCAGGGUGGGAAUUCACAGCAUGCUGUCAUUCAAAUUGAACAGCAUGAGGAAGAAGAGACAGCGCCUCUGGUGUCGGCAGCAUCUACCAACAAUGCAGCUUCAGAUGAGGAGCAUAGGCAAAGUUCAUCCUCGGAGCCUCUGGAUUUUGAGAUGUUUGAAUCUACCAGGGGCAUCAAGCUGGGCCUUGGUGAUUUUGUUUUCUACAGUGUGCUUGUUGGGAGAGCUGCUAUGUAUGAUCUGAUGACGGUGUAUGCAUGCUACCUUGCCAUCAUUGCUGGACUUGGCUGCACCCUUAUCUUGCUGUCGAUAUGCCGGCACGCACUGCCUGCACUCCCGAUAUCUAUUAUGCUCGGAGUGACAUUCUACUUCUUGACGCGGUUGCUGAUGGAGCCAUUUGUGGUUGGUGCCUCAACAAACUUGGUGAUGUUCUGACUUCUGACUUCUCACUGAUAUGCUGUUGUCAUCUAGAUCUGUCUGAACCAAAAGAAAGAGGUUGGUUAGCAUUCUGUGAUUCUAUGUGAGAGUGACUAAUAUUUUGUUGGUCACUUCUCUUAAACAGUCAUUUGUAUUUGUUGCUAGGAAUGCUUAAGACCUUAGAGUCUGAGCUAGUAUCGGAGAUAGACUAAGCCCAUGUCUUGUUGUGUAGUUCUACCAACUUGGCAUGAUAUUCAUGAAGAGCUAUCUUCAUUCCAUGUUCUUUGGCUUAUUCUAUUAUUCUUGGAAAUUGGUAUAUUCACUAUAGGAUUAGUGGUGAAGUAAUUGAUCAUCGAUCAUGUUUUUAAUCAGUCUCUGUUCAAUUAACACUCAUUUUCCACCUAUAGAUGAAAGUUUUUGAACAGGGUUUAGCCCUCCUACUUUGUGCAUUUUUCUCCAGGCCUUUUCAAUAUUUUGAUAGAUUCAAGUAAAUAUGGAGCCGGUAACUAAUGCUUCUCACUGUUCUAAUUUGCAAGUUUGAAAGAACUGAAUGAUUGUGCAAGAAUUAGUACCUUCUCAAAAUCUUCUUUAGGUUUAUUUUAUUUUAGCAUUGGAAAUUCAUAGGCACAGAUGAGGCUAAACAUUUUAAAUAAUUGUUCCUGUCAAUUUUUCGAUUAUCAUUAGUGCAAAUUCGUUUUUCUUAUACCAUCCAACAUGUUAUACUGGGAAGAAAAAUCGCUUUACACCCUUGUCAAUUCCAGUUACUUUAUGUCACCUGAAAAUGUUGGUAAAACAUUUUUUUACAUUGUCCUUGUCAAGCACUUAAGUUAUUUUAAGCUUAGGUAAGUCAAGUGAUGGAAAUUUGAAGAGCAUUUUUCAAUUAGAAACCAGAUACUAUUUCUGAUGAGGUAACAUUGCGAAACUGAAUGCAUGGCUGAUCUCAGAAACUAAGUCCAUCUUUUAUUAAGUUCAUUUUGUCCAGCUUCAUUUUUUUUGGAUUACGCUACAAAAAUAGUGCUUAACUGAUGGCCUAAGCUUUUAAUAAAAUUGAAGGACGGCAGCAAUGGAAAUGGCUUGAGCCAUGGUCUUGAUUCACGUUCUUUACUUACCUGCAUUUGACAAUAGCUUCCCUUUUUUAUCCUUGGGCUGCAAAUAUCCUCUAUAUAAGCAAAGGUUCCUCUUACAGAUCUGCCUAUACGCACCGGUAAUCCCAGUUAUGUGAACUUGGCAGAAAGACCUUUUUUCUUUUUGUAUCCAUAUCCAUGCUAUGCGCAUAUGCGCUAGCAGGUUACUUGUGUGGUUGUGCCUCUGUCCUCUAGCAAGUAGUUGCAUAUGAUUCCAAGUCUUGUGCAUUGAGUUGGAGAUUGGCUGAAGGAUGUUAGAUUUAAGCUGCUGCAGUGUGGACUGUGGAGCCCCAAAUAUUUUAGCAAAUCAACAGAUGUGGGAGUUGUGUUGAGUUAGAAAUGAGGCUACUGAACAGAGCAGUGUAAGGUUGUGCGAACCAAGAUCACAAUUUCUAAAAGGUUAUUAAAUUGAAUCGAGGCCACUAUUUCUGAAGAUUACUGGAUUGGUAUGGGCGAUGGGCCAGCUCUUGCCAUAUGUGCUGUUAGUUAAUCACCUUGCUUGCUGUACUGGCAUCAUUUGCUCGAGUUGAAUUGUGUAUAUAUGGUUGGCAUAUAUAUGAGGCAUUUAUGUAUAAUUUGAUAUGCAAA